AUGCCAUCCUAUGGUCUGACGAAGCGUGGUACACGGUUUUUACUCCUUGCCAUCGUAUUGUGUUUCGUGCUCCCUGGAAUACUUUACCACCGUGAAACUGUGCGCAACUAUUUCAACGGCCACCUACCGCCAUUGUACGAGGACUAUCGAGGGCGGGAGCAAGAUUUGGAGCAUUACAAGGAGUACGAAACGAGGAAGGAUGUUAAAUAUCUUUGGUCAGCCAAUCAUGCGCAUAGCUCAGGAUGGGGAAAUGUAAUGCAAGACUAUGUGAUGAAUGCAUUACUUGCGCAUACCACAGGACGCUCUUUUGUUUUUGAUGACUACAUUUGGAAACCAGAUGGUUCACUCUUUACAGAUUAUAAUGGGCAUUUAAUUCCCUCUCGGAUUCCCCUGACGGCACUAUUGGGCGGCAAGUACAACAUGGUCAAUUUACGCGUAUACUCCCCAUUGACUGACUGUUCUAGGCGUCGUGUGUCUAAGAAUUUCUUCAACAAAGUCUGCCCCCAUCCGACAGUCGUUCAGGUGAAGGAAAUCAACGAUGAUCGUAUGCGAUUCGAUGAAAGCGUGCCAGCUUCGUAUAUAUUCGAAAAGUGGCUCGAGAAAAUUAACUCGAUUGAGGAUCCGUGUGUGGAAAUCGACCCAGCAAGUGACCAAAUUUUUGAGUACUGGAUAUUUGGACAUGAGAGAAUGCUGUCCAUAUGGCAGUACCUCAAGGAUUCCCCAGUAUCGACGCACUGGGGGUGGUCGCCUUUAAUACACGAUGCAUACGGACGAAAUCGCCACAUCUUCGAGCUGAAUACGAAAUCUACUCUUUUUGGAGGGCUCUCUGCUUCGGCUGUCGCGGAAAACCACACAGCCCCGAUACCUGGCCUCCUAGCGCUACACGUACGAAGGGGUGACUUCAAGGACCACUGCGUCCACCUGGGCAAAUGGUCAUCAAACUGGAAUGCGUUCAAUAUGUUCCCCGAGUUCUCCGAUAGGUUCCAAAGGCCCACUGAUGGCGGAUGGGGCGAGACAUCAGAGAAGAACAUGCAGAUGUAUAUGCAGCGGUGCUUUCCCACAAUUGACCAAAUUGUCCAGAAAGUCACGCAAGUGCGUGCCGAGUCGGAACAGCCGCUAACUCAUAUCUAUAUCAUGACCAAUGGCGUUGUCGCUUGGGUUGAUGAGCUAAAAGAGGCUCUUGGGAACUCUGGGAACUGGGACCAAAUUAAGAGCAGCCGCGAUCUCGACAUUACAUGGGAGCAGAAAUUCGUGGUGCAGGCUUUGGAUAUGUUGGUGGCUCAAAGAUCUGAAGUAUUUAUCGGAAAUGGGUGGUCGAGCCUAACCUCGAACGUUGUGAUGUUGCGUAUGGCGCAGGGCUUUCUUCCGGACAGUAACAGAUUCUGGUAA